AUGCAGAGAGCAGUUGAGCAAGCAGGGUCUGUAUUCACUGGAUGGAUCACAUCCUGCUUGUCUUACCUCGACUCAAGCGGCGAUGAUGGCAGCGCCGGCCACCAGCAAGCCAUGAACCAGAAAGGUGCUGAGCGAGAGAUGCAAAUAUGCCAUGCUCAACCUCAUCUUGUUCCUCCGAUGAAGUUGACUGUUUAUGACGAUCUGCCCAGUCCAGGUCCACCUCGAGCAACGUCAUUCCCUACCUGGGUUAUGGAGGAAGGCAGGAACUUCGCGUCGCGAGCGUCCAGCAGGGCAAGUAUGUCGCUUCGGCGAAAAUCAAUCGUUCCUGUGCGGAUCGGUGCACCGACAGACUUCAGAAGGGUUACCACUUUGCCAGACAUCUCGUCAGGGUUUCGUCCGCUAGAGCUGAACUUUGAGAGCCCAGCCAACCGCCUGCCUGAGCUUCCCCUCUUUAGCGACUAUGGACUUGAGCAACACCAGGCACCAAUUGCUCGGCCCCCGAAAGCCCUUUCUUUCAUGACCGACUUUUCCUAUCAAACUCGACCCCGCACUCACAGGCCUACGUCGUCCUUCAACCUGCCUCGAAAGCCCGUGGGAUCUGGGUCUCGCCGGUCCUCACUCGCAACCCUGGAAUUGCUCAUGGAGAGGCAGGUUCCCGUCGCGCAUCCUCUGAUCCCUCAUUUCUCGACUCGUGCGUCGACUGCAUCUGUGGCCACUGGUCUGGCUACAAGUACUCUUACUUCACCUCCCACUGGGCCGGACCAAAUCGUGGACAGACCCCCGCCAAAGGAUGACCCUCCGCGGGUGUCACACGAUGCUACUACAGUUACCCCAAGCGCUCCCAGAACGCCUCGAACAGCAACACCCCCAGACAAGACGUUACCACCCAUCCCUACCAAGAACUAUUCCCCGCCUGGUAGAUUCUUCUACGAACCUCCCGCAACCCCGGAUACUCAACCCCUCGAGUCAUCCCCAAGUCCUUCUCCAUUCAGAUCGAGCCGUGUAACCCAGUGGCUCCUCCAAACCUCCAGUCCCUCAAAGCUCCCCUCAACCCCGCCUCCACAUCCGCGCAAGCCCAGUUUCAGCGAUAAAUUCUCCAUGCGCAUCCGCACUCGAACCCUCAGCGGAUCCACCCUCGCCCCAUCCAUCAACAGCUUCAAUGUCCCCGGCGCCUUCAAAGCCCCGCCGACAGCAGCUACCCCUCCACUGUCACACACAACCACAGCAACAACCACAACUGCUCGAACGUCCACACUCGACUCGCGGGUCGAGAUGUCCUCCGAGAUGCCGUACGCUUGCCCUCUGCCUGUGCCUGUGCCAAAGAAGACGCAAUCGAGCAACCUGUCCGGUAUGCAAAGCCGCGCCGGCCCGACAAUCCACGAGGCGCAGCACAGCUACAGCUACUAUGAUCAUGACCAUCACCGCCAUUCCGCCAUUGGUGUUGCUUUCUGA